AUGGUGUUUCCGGACUACUACUUCUUUGCCGAAAGACGUUUGGUAAACCAUACCAUUGAAAAGAAAGGCGUCAAUAACUUGGAUGACUGUGAGCUAUUGUGCUACCUGAACGACCACUGUGUCAGUCUUAACUUCGAAAAAGAUCCAGAGAAUAAUAGACCACUUCACAUCUGUGAACUAAAUAACGCCACUCAUCUAAAAUACGACAGUCAUUUGACAACUAAUGCCACUUUUUAUUAUCGCGGCUCGAAGGUGAGUUACAAAUCGAUUUAUCGAAGUUAUCGCCUUUGAAUAAUAUAAUAACAAAAAUUAAUGUUUAUACAAAUUUUUGUGUACUCGAUCAUUCGGUAUUUCGUUUCUCCUUUUUUUUUAGAACGCUUGUGACAAGAGUCCCUACUGCGAAAAUAACGCAACUUGCCAGUCUGGAUUUACACUCAAGGGAUAUCGAUGCUUGUGUCCUCCUGGAUUCAAAGGAGAAUAUUGUGAA